UGCAGUCAGUCGUUCAUCAGCCGCGCGCGAGUGCACACAUCCUGAAUUCUAUCUCUCCUCCUCUGGGACGCACAUACCGACUAACCGAUCAAUCCUGAUCGUCAAAAAGAACUUAAUAAUUUAUUGAGAGUGUGAUGUGCUUCUGGAAACAAGGAAAUACCAAGCAGAGUGUUAUCAGCGCCUAGGAAGCACGAAUGCUUUCUUGCCGCGUUCGAACGAUUGUGAAUUCGGAAAGCAAAUUUUACAAAUAAUUGAACAGAUCUGGGUUGUAACGUCGUCGGCUUUGUCGUCCAGCGAAAGUGUGCCAUCGAUCCGUCUAUCGAAGGAACGGGCAAGUGCAAGUGUGAUAGCACUUCGAAGGGAGUGUGCGCGGAACGCGAUAAGAAGCAAACACGAGAAACGGGACGGUGAUAAUUUUAGAACACUGCAGCAAAGCAGAAUCAUGCAGCAGAGGAUCGUUCUUGGUGCUAUCCUCGUACUUACUUUCUCUGGUCUCAUCUACUUAAGUCAAGCAUGCGAACUUGACCAGACGCAGCAUGGCUGCCGGAUAGACAACGGUCAGUGUACUUGUGCGUUCGGAUGCAAAUCGGAGUUCCGAUACGCCACUCGUAAGGAAUGCCAAGAUGCUUUGAAGGGUCGAUCAAAUGACAUUUGCAGUAGACAACCAUGCCUAAAUGGGGGAUCGUGCACGCAGGUUAGCGCUAUGCCGCAGUACAAAUGUCGUUGUGAAGGAACCGGAUAUUGGGGGCAACGAUGCCAGCGAUUGUGUCCAAAACCCGAACAAGUUACCUCUGGAAUUAAAUUCCCCCAUGAAUGCGUAGUUAUCUGAGAAUAAAGAAACUAACGGGUCAUCUCUACAUCAACCAACGCCAUUUCUCAGUCAUUUUCCAGCAAGACCAAUGAAGAAAAUCUCACCUGUAAACGUGUACAAAAAGCAAGCCCUAAAUCAAUGUAGGACAAUCUUGUCUUCAAAUUGUUCCACUUGAGAUUAUGCCUUUUCCAGACAGUUCUAUAUUAGGAUUUUACAAUCAACACCGACGACUGGGGGCCACGGUGGGUCAUGAGCUGACCCGGAGGAUCGAAACCGCUUAACCGCUUUACAGUAGUUUGAGAGAAGGAAAGCAACCAGCGUUAGACUACUGAUAAGCGGACCUUUUAUCAACCACUUUCCAAUAUACAUAAAUCAUGCAGGCGCGUAUAUGUACUUUCAUAUAUUGUAGUAUCAGUUCUUACAUUAUGCUUUUCUACAGAUAAUCAGCAGUAAGGCGUAGGUAGUUUAUUCGAAUGUAGAUGGUUAUAAGUGUAAAUAAAGGCAUGUCGUAAUAGUCACGGUUUUA